AUGGAUUUGAUAAAAAUUUACAAGAAAAAUGAAAUAAUAAAAGACUAUGUAAAUAUAUAUUUUGACGAUGAAAAAUUAAAAUAUGACUCCAGAAAUAUUAGUUAUAAAAUACGUCAUAUAAUUGGAAAUGGAGUAUAUGGUGUAGUAUAUAAAGCGGAUUGUUUAGACAGUUCUAGUGUAGUUGCACUCAAACAAACAUAUCAAAAGAAUACAAAAAUUUUUAAAGAAAUUGAAAUUAUGAAGAAAUUAAAACAUCCAAAUAUUGUGAAACUGAAACAUGCAUUUUAUACUACCAGUUUAAAUGGAGGGGUUUAUGUGCACAUGGUAAUGGAAUACGGCAAUACUGAUUUGGCUACGUCCCUUUAUUAUAUAACUAUAAAGAAUUCCAUAAAGCAGGAUUGUAGAAGUAAUCAUAACAACAAUGGUAGCAGUAGUAGGAAUAAUAACAAUGAUAGCAAUAGAAACAAUAGUAACAGUAGUAAUAACUGCAAUGAUCGGAGUAAUGUGUAUUAUAUGCAGGCAGGGGAUAUAGAUGAUACUGUUAUUAGUAGUAAUAAUUUAGAAAAUAUUGUUCGCUGUGAUUACUCGAGAAAUGUAUGUUUUCAUGGGGAUGGUAAAAUUAGCAAUAGUAGGAAUAGCACAAAUGAUAAUAUUAGAAAUAGAAAAAGUACUGUCAAGAAUUUCUUAAAGGAUGAUUUCCAAAACAAAAAUCAAAUGGAUAAACCAGAACAAAUAAGUGAAAAUUGGGAAGAUGGAAAGAAUGGUGCUAUUAAGCAGUCAUACCAUGCACACCAGUUAAAUAAAUCGCACGAUUUUAAUUCUGGUGAUACAUUAAAACACCUGAAUAGUUCAGGAAAAAAUUAUGUUCCAAAUUGUAUAAAUUCCGUUGAGGAAAUAAGCAAUAUUGGAGGAAACACGAAGAAUGUGCAGAGGAGUGAAGGUGAUAAUAAUGAUUAUAAUGGCUGUAAUAGUAGCUGUAAUAAUGACUGUAGUAGUAGUAGUAGUAGUAGUAGUAGUAGUAGUAGUAGUAGUAGUAACUGUGGUUAUAAUUAUAGUAAUAAUGAUGUACUUAAGCACAAUAAUAUGAUAAACAAUUUUAACAUAAAUGCUCUUCAGGAAAGCAUCAAUGAUAUAUGUCCUUGUCAUAAUUUAAGUGAAUAUAUUAAGAAUAGUUUUCUUAAUGAAAACCAAAUAAAAAUAUACUUAUAUCAAUUGAUCCGCGCAACGUUAUAUUUGCACAGCUUGUGUAUUACGCAUCGAGAUAUAAAACCGCAGAAUAUUCUAAUCUUUUUAAAUAAGACAAAUAAAGCGAAUAAUGCGAAUAGUAGCAGCUAUAGUAGCAGUAAUAAUAAUGGAAAAAGCAAUAAGGAUCUUUUGACUAAGAUGGAGAAGGGCUCGGACAAUAAGAAGUGUCUAGUGUGCAUACAAAACUCCUUUAAGUUCAAGUGCAUCAUGAAUAGAAGGAAUAAGAACAUAAAUACAAAAGGCGAUAAAAUAAAUAAUGUAGAAAAAAAAAUUUCAAGUAUAAAUGUCGAGUGUGCGAAUGACAAGCUAAUAGUAAAUGGGAGUGAUAAUUUGACAACACACAAGAAAGAGGGCGAGUACAUUAAAAAGAAGAGCGACGACUCUUUUUUCUUCGUAAAUAAUAAUAGAAGUGUUAUCAGUGGUGGGAGUAACAUCAAUAAUGAUAUAAAUCAUAAUAACGGGCGAGAAGGCAUCGAAAAUACGUUUUUAGGAAAAAGCAAAAGUAUUUCAUUUAUCGAUGAAAGAGAGAAUAAGAUUGAUUGUAGUAGCAAUAGCAAGUUAGAGAAAUAUUACAGCUACUACAACAGUAAUACUACAGCAUCAGCAUUGAAAAAAAAAAGGAAUAGUUUCAAUAAAACAUACGUAAAACUAAAAAGAUCAAUGAGUAUGACCAAUUUACAUAAAGGAAAAUGUAAUUCGUGGAAGACCAAUUACAGUGAUUAUAAUUUGCAUGUAUCCAAAAAAAAUUUUAAAAAAAUUUUAAAGAAAAAUAAAACAGAUAUACUGUUAUCCUCUUCGCAUACACAUAAAAGUUGUACAAUAUUAGAAGAGGAAAAAAUGAUACAUGUUUCUAAUGAAAAAUUAAGUAAUAAUUAUGUGGAUGAUAAACAUUGUAUAGAAGAGGAAGAAAAGAAGAAAAUUAUUAUUAGAGAAGAAGUUAAUGUUAACGAUAUUGAUAAUUUAUCUCACCAAAAUAAUUUAGAUGAAUUGUACAUGAAUAGUAUCAUGUAUAAAUAUAUAAAGCUAUGUGAUUUUAACACUUCAAUAAAGCUAAAAGAAAAUUAUAAAUACUUUAGCUAUGUAUGCUCCAGGUAUUAUAGAGCACCUGAGUUAUUAUUUGGAUCCAAUUACUAUAGCCAAGCCAUUGAUACCUGGUCAAUAGGAUGCGUUAUGGGAGAACUAAUGUUAGGAAAGCCAUUAUUCUUAGGAGACUGCGCAUCUGAUCAGUUGGUUGAGAUAAUAAAAAUACUUGGAACACCAAAUGAUGAGGAUUUCUUGUCUUUCAGGAGUGUGUAUAAGAAUGUAAAAUUUCCAGACAUAAAACCAAUAACAUUAAAGAAAUUAAUAAGUCAUAAUUGUUCACAAGAGAGUAUCGAUUUGUUAGAUAAGCUACUACAGUUUAAUCCACAAAAGAGAAUAAAAUUAUGCAACGCGUUACUGCAUAACUAUUUUGAUGAUAUAAGAAAUUUAAAAGUUUUUAAUAAAGACAUUAAUUCAGAUAAUAAUUUUUCUUUACCGUUUAAUACAAACUGCUUUAAUUUUACAAAAGAGGAGUUGCUACAUUUCACAGUUGAAGAAAGGAAAAUAUUAAUUCCCUUAGAUGUUAGACGUCGAAAAUUAGAUGAAGUUAUGCAGUACAUUGAUAUGACUUUAGAGAAUUUUGAUAAACUGUACCCCAAUAAAAUGCAUUUAGCUUGCUAG